AUGCCUGCACCGGCAAUCGGCUCUCGCCUCUUUCAUUUCUCCAAUCAAGUAGACGACGAGGAUAACGUUGAGACAUAUGAUGAACGUGAGAACCGGCGCUUAUCUCAACCAAACGCCUCGUAUUCCAAGCUACCUGGAGCCUGUGUUGACUGUAAAUCCGUCAAGGUUAGGUGUGAAUACGUGCAAGGUGAACGUAAGUGCAAGCGUUGCCAAGCCAAACAUCUUCCCUGUCAACCCCGCGAGCGCAAAAAGCGCAAAGCAGCCGAUACCCAUGAAGAAUUACAGAAAAGGGCGCUACAACAGGAUCGUCAGAUUGAGGAGCUAUUGCUUCAGUAUGAUAAGCUGAAGAAAGAGCAGAAAAUAAAGGAAUGGAUGUCAAGGCCAUUGCCGACCCCCGCUAACGGUAAUCCCGGACAAUGCAUCAAACGGAAGGGGAGAUAUUCUGACGCCACGGCUGCCUAUUACUCUGCUGGCCAUGCACAUCGACUCAAUCCGCCAGAGAUAGUCAAACACUGCUCGCUAUACCCCGACGAUAUCACAGAGCUCUUUGCUAUCUUCUUCGCGCGAAUAAAUCCCUACUUUUCCAUUCUCGAUGAAGACUUGCACACGCCAAAACAUCUAAUCUGGAGCUCUCCGUUUCUCUUUACUGUUAUCUGUGCCGCCGCAUCUCGGUAUUAUACUGCUCGUCCUGACGUCUAUCUCCUGGCUAUGGAUAUUGCGCGGGACACUGCUGGCAAAGCCCUGGUUGAGGGAUAUAUUGGUGUUGAUGUAUGUCAGGCAUAUUUGAUAUUGGCCCUGUAUCCUGUACCGAAGAAAAGAUGGGAAGAGGAUCGAAGUUGGUUGUUGAUGGGCGUCGCCAUUCGGAUGGCCAUGGAGCUUGGAUUAAAUCAACCACCUCCCGAUCCUUGCGAUGGGCGCGAAGCUUUAAAUAGGACAAGGACGUGGCUGAAUUGUUAUUGCGUCGACGGCUCUCAUGCCAUUCAAUUUGGAAAGAUGCCCAUGCUUCCACUGGAUGACUACCUUGCACGGACCUCACGAAACUGGUACAAAUCGUCACCGAUGAAUACACCAUUCGAUGUCCACCUGUGCGCCUAUGUUCAAAUAAUUCUCAUCAUGGCGCAGUGGAGACAGGCAAAUUCUGCUUGCCUCAAACAUCCAGGCUCAAAGGACUUCGACAUCGUCAAGACGGCGCUCCAAUCUCAAGAAAGACUCUCUCAAGAGAUGGCACACUGGGAUGCGGCAUACGCAAAAGAGUUUUAUUUUAUGCCACUCCCAAUUUGUAACUACCGUGGAAACACAACACGAAUGAUAACCGCCUAUUUGAAGCUUGUCGUUCUCUCCGUCGGCUUCCAACAUUCUGCGAAACGAGGGCUGUCUCGGGGCUGCGAAGUUGUCAUGAAAUCUAUCGCGGCAGCACGCAAUGUGAUUGAUAUCAUUAUUGAACAUUUGGCGCCAACUGGAUAUUUACGUUAUGCUAUGGAUGCUAAUUUUCUAUACGUGUCGUUCGCUGCGGCCUUUCUUAUCAAUCUUCUGCGACCAGAACUCUUACCCCUACUUGACGAGAAUCAACAACAGCAGAUAAUAGUCCUUGUCAAUCGUCUGAUUGGCAUUUUGCGUUCGGAUGACGUUGCCUUAGACGGUCGACACACUCCCGCCCUUUACUCGCGGUUCCUUUCUUCAUUGCUGGAGCGGCAUCAUGCUACUCCCAACAAAUAUGCGUCGCAGUAUCUGAGUACUGAUCCUGGAUUUUUGACGUCAUCCCAUGACUACCGCGAGUUUACUCAGCCCAACGUCCACUGUUGGCCAGAUGUUGGACAAGCACCCGGCAACUGGGCGUUGCCCGAAAUGUCUAUAGACCAUAUGGAUUUCAGCUUGACACAUUUCAUUAGCGCAGUGUCCCAAGAUCCCGGAAAAACAUGCGAUGUUCAGAUUGUCGAUUCGAUGGAAAUGUGGAGGACGUGGGAUAUAGAGUUUUGA